AAGGGAAAAAGAAAGAGAGGCCAAAAUCUAAAAGAGCUCAGCGGCCGCGAACGGUGGUGCUUUCGGAAACCCUAAAUAUUUAAAUCGUCUUAGCAAACUGAAGCUGGUUAGGGAAUGCAGAGAGAUGAGAGAAGCUUCGCUGCCCAAGCCUGAGCUUUCAGUACGUGCCAAACGCUGCAUCGGCGGUAGGAAUUGUCACCGGAAACACGUAGAGGACGGGUGAUCCAUUCGCCUCUUUUCUUGUUUUCCGCAGCGGUUACGUUUUUUCUCAGAGGCAACACCUUUCGUGUAUUUUUUUAAAAGUUUGUUUUAGUUACCAAUGUCCGAGCAGAAAGAAAGCGGCGGCAGCUCGUUGCUGCAUGGCAAGUACGAGCUGGGCCGUCUUCUGGGUCACGGCACCUUCGCCAAGGUAUACCACGCCCGCCACCUGCAGAGCGGGAAGAACGUGGCAAUGAAGGUUGUGGGGAAGGAGAAGGUGAUUAAGGUGGGGAUGAUGGAGCAGAUCAAAAGGGAGAUCUCCGUCAUGAGGAUGGUGAAGCACCCCAACAUCGUCGAGCUCCACGAGGUCAUGGCGAGUAAGUCCAAGAUCUACUUCGCCAUGGAUCUGGUCCGCGGCGGUGAGCUCUUCGCCAAAAUCGCCAAGGGCCGGCUCAGGGAGGACGUUGCCAGAGUCUACUUCCAGCAGCUCAUCUCCGCCAUAGAUUUCUGCCACAGCCGCGGCGUUUACCACCGGGAUCUGAAGCCGGAGAACCUCCUCCUAGACCAGGACGGCAACUUGAAGGUCACCGACUUCGGGCUUAGCGCUUUUACCGAGCACUUGAAGCAGGACGGGCUUCUCCAUACCACAUGCGGCACGCCGGCGUACGUGGCUCCGGAGGUCAUCGGAAAAAAAGGAUACGACGGAGCCAAGGCGGAUCUCUGGUCCUGCGGCGUCAUCCUCUACGUGCUUCUCGCCGGGUUUUUGCCGUUUCAAGACGACAAUCUCGUGGCCAUGUACCGGAAGAUUUACAGAGGAGAUUUCAAAUGCCCACCGUGGUUCUCGUCUGAGGCCCGGAGACUCGUGACGAAGCUUCUCGACCCGAACCCGAGUACCCGAAUCACCAUUUCCAAGGUCAUGGACUCCUCCUGGUUCAAGAAAUCGAUUCCCAAAGUCGUACUGACGAAACAGGAGCAGGAGUUCGACGAGCCGAGCGAGAAGAUCACGUCGACGCAGACGGAGACGCUGAACGCGUUUCACAUAAUAUCGCUGUCGGAGGGGUUUGAUCUGUCGCCACUCUUCGAGGAGAAGAAGCGGGAGGAGAGGGAGGAGCUGCGGUUCGUGACAACGCGGUCGGCAAGCAGCGUGAUUUCGAAGCUGGAGGAGGUGGCGGCGGCGGGGAAGUUCAGGAUAAAGAAGAGCGACUCGAUGGUGAGGCUGCAGGGGCAGGAGACCGGGCGGAAGGGGAAGCUGGCGAUAGCGGCGGAGAUAUUCGCCGUGACGCCGUCGUUUUUGGUGGUGGAGGUGAAGAAGGACAAUGGUGAUACGUUGGAGUACAACCAGUUCUGCAGUGAGGAGCUGCGGCCGGCACUCAAGGACAUCGUGUGGACAUCCCCCGUCGACGGCGGCUUGAUUGAUUAAGAUUUUAAGAUUGUGAUUAGUGUGUGGUUAAUUAUAAUUAGUGUGGUUAAUUGUUGGUGUUGUUUCGAUUAAUUAAGUUGGAAUCGGAACCGGCGGGGCUGUCCCGUGACGUCCCUCUCUGUCGUUUUAAUCUGUUUUUCAUGAUUCUCUUUGUGUGUGUGCUGUGAAAGGUGAAACUGUGAAUUUAUGUGAAUAUGUGCAGGGUAAUUUCACAUAAGCUUUUCCUUUUA